GAACAUUCAUUCCCCACCGCCUUUAACUUAUUACUUAAUUAGUUUUCUUCAAAAUCGCAAAAGAAGAAGAAGAUGGCGAUGCGAGAGCUUGUAACAGGAGCAGCAGCCUGUGCUGUUCCAGGUUCUUCCUCUUCAUCAUCUAAUCCUCUCGGUGCUCUCGCCAAUGCUCUUAUCGGUUCCUCUUCCAAGCCUCUGGAAGGGCUGAAGGAAAUUCCAACCUCUACAACCACAGCUACAGAGCCUCCGUUGUACCAGGAUGCCACUGCUGAGGACCGCUUGAGAGGACUCCCUGGAGCUGACUUUGAUCACUCCUUUUCUCAGCAUCCUACUUCUCAGGGUUCAGAAUUUCUUCGUCGCUUUCGCACUUCUGAUCAGAAUGGAUUUGCCAAUGCUUGGGAUGAGAUUCAGCGCUCUGGUCCUCCUCCUCCUCCUGCUCUAUUGGAUCACGGCCUACCUCCUCCUCAGCUUCAACCAACUUUGGACGGACCACCCCAAAGAGUGUUGUCAAACUUUUUGCACUCCUUUGUGGGCAGUAGCCAUGGUGGAAUUCCAUUUCGUCCUGCUCCACUACCUGCAUUAGGAUUGUCUGAAGGUGACAAACAAUGCAUACGUGACCGUAGCAGCAUUAUGGCCCGGCAUUUUUUUGCUGACAAGAGUGAAGAUUUUAUCAAUACACAGGUGAAUGCACUUUUGUCUUCGUUAGAUAUUGAUGGUGAUGUGCGGGUUAAGGGACCUUUACCCGGUAGGUUCCAAGAGCUAGAGGAUUACUGGAACGAGUCUCAAGCUGCUCGGAGACCUGGUCCUCCUCAAGCUGAUGGAUGGGUUACUGAAUUUAGCCAACACAGAAUAGACCAUGGUGAUCCUAAUGUUUGGGCUCACUCAUUUGAACAGCAGCAUGGUGCUAAUGGUUGGGCCUCUGAGUUUGAGCAGGAACAGUUGAUCUCAGCAGCAGAUCAAAUGGGAGGUGCAAAUAUCUCAAACUUAUCUACAAUGGAACAGACUCGAAUGCUUGCACACACACUAGCUCAGAACAAUGACCCCAAAUUUCAGAAUUCUAAGUUUCUUCAAUUCGUCUCAAAGAUGAGUCGCGGUGAACUUAUUAUUGAUGACAAUCAAGUCAAGCCAGCUGCGUUGUCUUCACCAGGGGAUUGGGCAACGGAAUAUCAGCAAAAAUAUUCUGGGGGUCGUUGGGCUGAUGAAUAUGCACGUGACCAGCUUUCUCAUGGACCUGAUCAAUGGGCGAAUGAGUUUGCUGCUGAAAGAGAGCAAAGUCGGCCUGUUGAUGAUAAGUGGGUAAAUGAAUUUUCAAAGUUGCAUGUUGAUGACUGGGCAGAUGAAUUUGGACGACAGGUUGGAGAAGGGGCUUUUGGGGAGAUUUCAACUGAUAAUUGGGCAGAUACUUAUGAUGAGUACCUAAGUGAGCAAGUAGUUGCCAAGCAGAAGCCAGAUGCUUCAAGGGGCGUCUAUGUGUUUACAGACAUGAAUCCUUAUGUCGGUCACCCGAAUCCUUUGAAAGAAGGCCAGGACCUAUUCCGCAAGGGGCUUUUGAGUGAAGCUGUGCUUGCUUUAGAGGCUGAAGUUUUGAAAAACCCAGAUAACGCUGAAGGUUGGAGGUUGCUUGGAAUAGCACAUGCAGAGAAUGAUGAUGAUCAACAGGCGAUUGCAGCCAUGAUGCGCGCGCAUGAAGCUGAUCCUACAAAUCUUGAAGUGCUUCUUGCUCUUGGUGUGAGCCAUACAAAUGAGUUUGAGCAGGCAGCUGCAUUGAAAUAUUUAUAUGGAUGGCUACAACAUCAUCAAAAGUACAGAACACUAGCCACUCCAGAGCUUUCUGAUUCUUUGUAUUAUGCUAAUGUUGCUAGAUUAUUCAAUGAAGCUGCUCAGAUGGCACCUGAGGAUGCUGAUGUGCACAUAGUACUUGGUGUCCUGUACAAUCUGUCCCGGGAAUAUGACAAAGCCAUUGCUUUUUUCCAGACAGCUUUGAAACUCAAGCCUCAGGAUUACUCUCUUUGGAACAAGCUUGGUGCAACACAAGCCAAUAGUGUUCAGAGUGCUGAUGCAAUAUUGGCAUAUCAGCAGGCACUUGAUCUGAAGCCUAACUAUGUUCGAGCAUGGGCAAACAUGGGAAUCAGUUAUGCCAACCAGGGUAUGUAUGAGGAUUCCAUCCGAUACUAUGUUCGGGCACUUGCUAUGAAUCCCAAGGCAGAUAAUGCUUGGCAAUAUUUGAGGAUUUCUUUAAGUUUUGCUUCUAGGAACGACAUGUUGGAAGCUUGUGAUUCUCGAAAUCUUGAUGCUCUACAGAAGGAGUUCCCACUAUAAUAUAAUUAUCGGUCACUGUAUUGAAUGAAUAAAGGAUCAAUGAGACAACGGCAGGAUUCAAAAGCCUCCUGUUUGUGAAAUUAAAAUCUUCAAACACUUGUGGGAAUGGGACGAUGCGUGGUGCUUGUGAGUCCUUGCAUCAGUGCAUUUGGAGCUCUUGCUGAAGGGUAGCUUGAUUUCUUAUGAAGUAGGAAAAUCAAGCAUGGUUUCUUGGAGCUAACUCGAACAAAAACUUGUAUGAAGUUUGAAACCCUGUACCUGGGUGUCACUCGGGAUUCUUAAGCACCAGGGGAGAUAAAGGAAAGGGAAGUUGCCCCAUUUCAUAACUAUUGGGAUGAAAUUGUAGGAAGCGACAAAUCGAAAGUGUGUGUGAUUCUGUUGUGAAUAAUUUACUUCAAUAUUUCUUUUUACUUGUUCAAUA